ACUGAGUUGGAGCCCGCUCAAAUUUGCAGGGAGGGACGGGGUGGGGGGUGGGGGGACCCCGGUUGUGCAGUUUUAUAUUGAGGGAGCCCCCACCUACUCGCCGGGGCUCCAUAAUCUGAACGUUUCCAAACUGAAGCGAAGUCGUCGGGAGACUAGGCCUCAGAGAACCAUGGCUGCUGCCAAGGGGAUUGCCAUAGGUAUCGACCUGGGCACCACCUACUCCUGUGUGGGGGUGUUCCAGCACGGCAAGGUGGAGAUCAUUGCCAACGACCAGGGCAACCGCACCACCCCCAGCUACGUGGCCUUCACAGACACCGAGCGGCUCAUCGGGGAUGCGGCCAAGAACCAGGUAGCCAUGAAUCCCCAGAACACUGUUUUUGAUGCCAAACGUCUGAUCGGCAGGAAAUUUAAUGAUCCUGUUGUGCAAUCAGAUAUGAAACUUUGGCCUUUUCAAGUGAUUAAUGAAGGAGGCAAGCCCAAAGUGCUUGUGUCCUACAAAGGGGAGAAUAAAGCUUUCUAUCCUGAGGAAAUCUCUUCGAUGGUACUGACUAAGAUGAAAGAGACUGCUGAGGCAUUUUUGGGCCACCCUGUCACCAAUGCAGUGAUUACCGUGCCAGCUUAUUUCAAUGACUCUCAACGUCAGGCUACUAAGGAUGCAGGUGUGAUUGCUGGACUUAAUGUGCUACGAAUCAUCAAUGAGCCCACAGCUGCUGCCAUUGCCUAUGGUUUAGAUAAAGGAGGUCGAGGAGAACAACAUGUUCUGAUUUUUGAUCUGGGUGGAGGCACAUUUGAUGUGUCAAUUCUGACCAUAGAUGAUGGGAUUUUUGAGGUAAAGGCCACUGCUGGGGACACUCACCUGGGUGGGGAGGACUUUGACAAUAGGCUUGUGAGCCACUUCGUGGAGGAGUUCAAGCGGAAGCACAAGAAGGACAUCAGCCAGAACAAGCGAGCCGUGAGGCGGCUGCGCACCGCCUGCGAGAGGGCCAAGAGGACCCUGUCGUCCAGCACCCAGGCCAACCUAGAAAUUGAUUCACUUUAUGAAGGCAUUGACUUCUACACAUCCAUCACCAGAGCUCGAUUUGAAGAGUUGUGUGCAGACCUUUUUAGGGGUACCCUGGAGCCUGUAGAAAAAGCACUUCGGGAUGCCAAGAUGGAUAAGGCUAAAAUCCAUGACAUUGUUUUAGUAGGGGGCUCCACCCGCAUCCCCAAGGUGCAGCGGCUGCUUCAGGACUACUUUAAUGGACGUGAUCUCAACAAGAGCAUCAACCCUGAUGAGGCAGUAGCAUAUGGGGCUGCGGUACAGGCGGCCAUCCUGAUGGGGGACAAGUCUGAGAAGGUGCAGGACCUGCUGCUGCUGGACGUGGCUCCCCUGUCCCUGGGGCUGGAGACGGCCGGGGGUGUGAUGACUGCCCUGAUCAAGCGUAACUCCACCAUCCCCACCAAGCAGACACAGAUCUUCACCACCUACUCCGACAACCAACCCGGGGUGCUGAUCCAGGUAUACGAAGGUGAGAGGGCCAUGACGAAGGACAACAACCUGCUAGGGCGCUUUGACCUGACUGGAAUCCCUCCAGCACCCAGGGGAGUUCCUCAGAUCGAGGUGACGUUUGACAUUGAUGCCAAUGGUAUUCUCAAUGUCACAGCCAUGGACAAGAGCACAGGGAAGGCCAACAAGAUCACCAUCACCAAUGACAAGGGCCGCCUGAGCAAGGAGGAGAUUGAGCGCAUGGUUCUGGAUGCUGAGAAAUAUAAAGCUGAAGAUGAGGUCCAGAGGGAGAAAAUUGCUGCAAAGAAUGCCUUAGAGUCCUAUGCUUUUAACAUGAAGAGUGUUGUGAGUGAUGAAGGUUUGAAGGGCAAGAUCAGUGAGUCUGAUAAAAAGAAAAUACUGGAUAAAUGCAAUGAACUUCUUUCGUGGCUGGAGGCCAAUCAACUGGCAGAGAAAGAUGAGUUUGAUCAUAAGAGAAAGGAAUUGGAGCAGAUGUGUAACCCCAUCAUCACAAAACUCUACCAGGGAGGAUGCACUGGGCCUGCCUGUGGAACAGGGUAUGCGCCUGGAAGGCCUGCCACAGGCCCCACAAUUGAAGAAGUAGAUUAAUUCUUUUUGGAACUGAAGCAUCCUAGGAUGCCUCUACGUGUAUUUCAUUCCCCUCAUCUUCAAACAUCAUUAUUAUUCUUGACCAGACCUGAACCUAAGUUACCAUCCCUUGGGAAUUCUGGAGGAGGAGUCUCAUGCACCACCUAUCACACUCCCUCAUAUCCUGUUUCUGACUCUGGAAUGGACUCAGGAAAACUAGGCCCCUCUUUAAACCGUGUGAUGUAUUUGAAUGUCUGUUAUUUCCAGCCACCCUAACAUUCUUCUUCCUGUGUGGAUGCUUAUUUGUCAAUCAGUAAAUUUGUUCCUAAAGGAAAUUACUUCUGGUAUUUAGGCUGUGAAUGUACCUCGAAGGGGAGAGUUCAUGGAGAGAGCAUGUGUUCUCUGAUUGUGAGCUCACUGUGAAUGAUUAAAUUGGUAAGGUAAAGUA